AGGACAUUCAAUACACAAUUUUCUUGCAUUCUAAUAUAUUCACUUUUAAAUAUACUGUCCACUUUCAAGGUACAAUGGAAACCCAAUAUUUCCAGCACAAAGGAAUUAACUUCAAUUCAUUAUUAUACUCAGGAGAACAUCUUAAUUAUUUGGAAAAUGAGUUUCAGGUUCGGGAUGAGGAUGUCUUCAAUGUUACUUUCCCUAAAUCAGGAACUCACUGGAUGGUAGAGAUUUUGAGCCUUAUACGUAACAAUGGUGACCCUACCUGGUGCCAAAAUGUACCCAAUUGGGAAAGAAUGCCAUGGCUUGAAGUUAAUAGGGAUCCUUCAAUGCAUGUUGAAGAGCAAUCACCACGCUAUUUCUGCUCUCAUUUACCCAUACAGUUGUUUCCAAGGUCUUUCUUUUCCUCUAAAGCAAAGGUCAUCUACACUGGACGUAAUCCAAAAGAUGUUCUGGUGUCUCUUUAUCAUUUUGCCAUAAGUUCUUUUGUGCUUAAAACACCUCACAGCUUUGAUGAUUUUUUUGAGGAUUUUAUCCAAGCCAAAGUACCUUUUGGCUCUUGGUUUGAUCACAUCAAAGGAUGGAUGCAGAUGAAAGACCAUGAUAACUUUUUGUUCAUAACAUUUGAGGAACUGAAGAAGGAUCACAGAGGAACCAUAAAGAAGAUUUGUAAAUUUCUGGGGAAAGAGUUAAGUGAAGAAGCAAUUGACUUGGUUGUGGAGCAUUCCAGUUUUAAAACUAUGAAAGAGAACAAAAUGUCCAACCAUAGUCUAGCUCCAGAAUUCAUCAUGAAGAAGAACAGCAACUUCAUUAGAAAAGGAAUUUGUGGAGACUGGAAAACGUGUUUAAGUACAACUCAACAAGAAUACAUGGAUAGAAUUUACCAGGAGAAAAUGAAAGAACUAGAUAUGAAAUUCAUCUGGGAUGAAUGUUGAUUGUUGUUGAUAGCUUUAAUCUUGAAAUAUUCACAGAUUAUUAUUAAUGAUGAUUACAUAAUUUUCUCCACACAAUAUCUAAUUUUGUUGUACGUAUAGCAAAGAAAAGAAAGCUCAUUCACUAAAUACCAUAUUUUUCCUAAUCUAAGAUUUAGUUAAGUAUUCCAAACCUGGUAGCAAGAGACAAUAAACAAGGGGGGCGGGAUGCACAAGAUACCUGUUAGGGGGGGUUAGACCUCUAACUGGUUGUUUUAUUUAUUUGUUUCUUUAAAAUUUAUAGUUACACUAAAGGAGUCUGUCAUAUUCAAGUGCAUCUUUUAUUCCAAAAAAAUAUGGUAGCAAAUUUUGGUGAUCUGUAAAUCUUAAAAUCAUGGCUAAAUAGUCAAACUAUGGCUUCAGCCGAGUUGGAAAGGUUUUUUUGACACAGAUUUUGCAGAUUUUUUGGUUGCACUGUUUCAUAACUAAACCUUUUAGUGUAUUUUGAAAGCUUUGUUGAUGCUUAGCUCGCAGGCUACAGAGUUAAAUAUGUUCCUGAGUUGAAGUUAUGUCUACGAUUAGGUCCAGCUAUGGAUGUUUAAUGGUGAUGUGAACUCCGAUU